AUGUCUGAUACUGAGUCCUUAAAUGAUGCCCUAGGCUUAUUUGAUGAACCUGAAGACUUUAGACCCGAGAAACCAAAAGAACAUUAUGCAAACUACGAAAGGAUAGAUGUCCCUGACAUCUCAAAAAGCAAAAUUACAAACUUGAAACUGCAAUUGGUUGGUUCUUCACCUUUAUGGGGCCAUUUACUAUGGAAUGCCGGUAUAUAUACUGCAAGACAUUUGGACAAAUACCCAGAAUUGGUGUCUAACAAAAACGUUCUUGAACUUGGAGCAGCAUCAGCUCUACCAUCACUGGUAGCUGGACUAAUAGGUGCUAAGAGAGCAGUGGUAACAGAUUAUCCUGAUGCCGACCUAAUGGCAAAUAUACAAUACAACGUCAACACCAUAAUUCCUGAUGAAUUAAAGGAAAACGUUAGAGUUGAAGGUUAUAUAUGGGGUAAUGAAUAUGAUCCAUUAACAAUUCAUUUGGAUGGUGACAAGAAAUUUGAUCUUAUUAUACUGAGUGAUUUAGUCUUUAAUCACAAUCAACAUGAUAAACUACUACAAACAACCAAAGAUUUAUUAGCAACCAAUGGUAAGGCGUUGGUUGUAUUUUCACCACACAGACCUCACUUACUCGAAGCUGAUUUACAAUUCUUCGAAACUUGUAAAGAAUAUGGAUUGACUCCCGAAAAGAUUGAGAUGGUCAACUGGAAACCCAUGUUUGAAGAAGACGAAGAAACCGCCGAAGUCAGAUCUCGAGUAUAUGCAUAUUAUAUGACUCACGCUUAA